GGAUCCUUCUCGUCGUUCUCCCAUGUGCUUUCAAAUUAAGCAGAGGGAAGAGACCUAAAAGCACAAGCAAAAAGAAGAAGAGAGUUGGGGCUGGAGCUAAUCUUCAGCGCUGCGCUACGAAUUCGAUUGGCCGUGAUUUCUGAUACGAUUAGGGUUUGUAAUUCUUUCCUCAUUUGAAUAGGUUUCUAAAUCUAUUUGAUUCAGAGAAUUCCGUUCUGAAUAAGACAAAUUGUAAGCUCUCCAAAACUUUUUAUAGAGGGAAAGAGAAGACUGCAGAAAGAGAGAGAUUGCAUUAUGCAAACAGAAGCAAGAGUGGGAGUGGUGGUUGAGGGAGGGGGGCAGAGAGCUCUUAAUUCGGGCCACGUCGAUGGCGGUGCAAGGAAGUUCUCACAGCAGCAGCAGCAGCCAUUGCACCAGCAAUCUCAGAUCGGAACGGUAUCGCAGCUUCUCGCUGGAGGCGUUGCCGGCGCUCUCAGUAAGACCUGUACGGCGCCGCUUGCUCGGCUCACUAUUCUCUUCCAGGUGCAAGGUAUGCACUCUGAUGUUGUGACUCUGCCAAAGGCUAGCAUAUGGCAAGAGGCUUCACGGAUUGUUGGUGAAGAAGGAUUCAGAGCUUUUUGGAAGGGGAAUCUGGUUACAAUUGCUCAUCGUCUACCUUAUUCUUCUGUCAAUUUUUAUGCAUAUGAGCACUAUAAAAAGCUACUAAAGAUGAUUCCAGGACUGGAGAGCCGAAGAGAAAAUAUGGGUGCGGACAUUUGUGUACAUUUUGUAGCUGGUGGUUUGGCAGGAAUAACAGCUGCUUCAGUUACUUACCCAUUGGAUCUUGUAAGGACACGCCUUGCAGCUCAGACAAAUGUGAUAUACUACAGAGGUAUUUGGCAUGCUUUACAAACUAUUAGCAAGGAGGAGGGUAUUUUGGGUCUAUAUAAGGGGCUUGGAGCGACACUCUUGGGUGUUGGGCCAAGUAUAGCAAUCAGUUUUUCAGUAUAUGAGACCUUGAGAUCUUUCUGGAAAUUGCAUAGGCCCGGUGAUUCUACUGUCCUUGUAAGUCUGACUUGUGGAAGUCUUUCAGGAAUUGCAUCAUCAACAGCUGUGACUAUGCUUUUGAUGCAGAGAACAGGGUGUGGUGCAGAUUCUGCACCAAGUACCCAACCAGACUGACUGACCCCUAGAGCCAGAGAACAGACUGGAGUUGUUUUUUAUCUGGCAUUUGAGAAUUUUAGUAAGGAAGUCAACAGAAAUUACCUUCUUAUGUCAUUCAUCUAACAUUAUCCUUUAUGUAAAGAUCUUUCUUGGACUAACUUCCUGUUUUCAACACUUCCUCAAUAACUUGUCUCCCCAAGCUUUGCAGUGGUUUCCAUUAUGGGGUUGCACUACUCUCAGGUGAACCUAUAUUUUCUAUCAGGUCCUCCUUGAGGUAUGCUUCUCAGUUAGGCUUCCAUUGCCAAUUGAUUAAUGGGCGUUGGUAUUCCUUCAAGCCUUGCCAAUAUUUUUAAGGACUCCAUUCAUUUUUCUGUUUCAGAAAAUGAAACGAGCAAAAUAUAUAUAUGUAUAUAUAUAUUGUUAUUGAAAAGCUCUGACUUACUGCAAGAUUUGAAAAAGCGGCGGUGAUGCAAAUCUAGAAGUAAAGUCAAACAAACUCCUUGUCUAUUUUCUUGGAAGCAAAAAUUAGUUGCUUCUGAUUGAGUAGAUCUGUUGCAUGUGUCAAAACCUUUUACUUCGACAAACACAAAUAUGCAUUCACAUUCUUAAUUUAGAUAUAAUUUAUUUUGCCCUGUACAUAAAUCAUGUCGAAUGAUUCAUCUUUCUAGGUUUGCCUGGUGGAAUUGAAUUUUUGUAUGAGUUUGUCGUUCCGCCUUCACUUGAACUCUACUCACUGGUAGAAUGUGCAUUCCCGUUUAAGCCAUUCUAGAUAGGGUUAUUCUCCAAACACUGGUAUUCUCUGCAACUCCUAUAAAGUGGUGUCUAUCGUUAAUGACACCAUAAUCAAGAAAGUAGCCUAAUACAGUGGGUGCAAGUUUGAGAAUCAUUUGGAGAUAGGUACGGUAAUAGUUUGGGUAGAGCGCUGAAUGUUUCUCAUAUAAUGCCAUUUUUCGGUUUUACUGUACAGCCACAAUAACCUUCCCAGGCAUGAGUACUGAAUCUAUUGAAAAAUUGUUUAUUCAUCAGUGAAGUUGCUCAUGAGUUCAACAUUUCUUGUUCAUACAUACUAGUUAUAUGUGAUAAAGAUAACAGUGUGCUAUAUUUUCUAUUUGCAUGCUGUUUAUGGUAAUUUGUGUAUUAUUGCAGUUAAAUAAUUAUUUGAAUGAAUGUUACACAUCCUAAACAGGAUAAUACUGAUGUGAGAUUUCGAUCGUUGAUUUUAAUUUCGUGAUAUUGUUCUGUUGUGUUAUAAAGUGGUUCUCAUUUGUGAGCUUUCCAUAUUUGAUUGGCUUCAAUAUUUGUUUCUGUUCGGUUAAUGGGAAACUUGGAUAGUUUUUAUGACCUUGAUAAGUCUAGUUUACCAGUUUCAGGUUUAUGAGUUCCACAAGUAGUAUCAUGUCUUUUCAUUUGUUCUCCACUACAAUAUGCAGCAACAUUUCCUCUGGAUCUUGUGAGGCGCCGGAAGCAAUUGGAAGGAGCAGGAGGCCGACCUCAUGUCUAUACAACAGGCCUUUUUGGUACCUUUAGGCACAUAACCCGGACUGAAGGCUUGCGUGGGUUGUAUAGAGGGAUUCU